GCCCGGCUCGCUGUCACUCCAUCUUCUUCCACCUACUAACCUCUUCAACCCGCAACGUCAAUUGAGCGGACCUUUCCAAAGUCUUGCUCCUCUUUCUUCAACAAACCACAGUAACAACACCACCCAAUCCGCGCGCUCCGUGUAUUCAUUUACACAUCGAGCGCUGCUGCUGCUUUUGAAUCUAUUGAUUCUAUCCUAAACCCGCGCAGCCAUGGCCGAAAUUCGCCGCAAGUUGGUCAUCGUCGGUGACGGUGCCUGCGGUAAGACAUGUUUGUUGAUUGUGUUCUCUAAGGGCACCUUCCCCGAGGUCUACGUCCCUACCGUCUUCGAGAACUACGUCGCUGAUGUAGAGGUCGAUGGCAAGCACGUGGAGUUGGCACUAUGGGAUACUGCUGGCCAGGAGGAUUACGAUCGUCUGCGCCCUCUGUCCUACCCCGACUCUCACGUUAUCCUGAUUUGCUUCGCCAUCGACUCUCCUGACUCCCUGGACAACGUCCAAGAGAAGUGGAUCUCCGAGGUCCUCCACUUCUGCUCCGGCCUGCCGAUUAUCCUGGUCGGUUGCAAGAAGGAUCUUCGGUAUGACCAGAAGACCAUUGAGGAGCUUCGCAAGACCAGCCAGAAGCCCGUUUCACCUGAGGAUGGUGAGGAGGUUAAGAAGAAGAUCGGUGCCUACAAGUACCUUGAGUGCUCGGCCAAGACCAACGAGGGUGUCCGUGAGGUUUUCGAGCAUGCCACACGAGCUGCCCUCCUGUCUCGCCACAAGACCAAGAAGAAGAAGUGCCUCAUCCUCUAAGCGAGCGGACCAUUUAGAUACCCUGCCCCGGUCGCCCGCAUGAUCUCGUUGGGCUGUUUGCCCCUCUUUCGCAGCCCUUUCCGUCGUUUGUGAUACCCAGGACACACCGAGCCUCCGCGGCAGCUAUUAGCCGAGCCUUGAUUUCAUAUCCCAGGAAGGAAAUUACGGCUGUAAACAAUCGGAGGUGUUAUCAGAAAGGGGAAAUACUGGGAGAUGGAUCUGGAGGAAGGAGAAGAGGAAGAGGCAGGAGGCGGGAUUAUAAGUAUGGCCUCUGCAAACGUUCAACGGUUCUGGCUGCUGGAGUCUACAUGUUCCAUUUAUUGCAACCUUUUUAUUUUCCUACCACUAUUUCUUUUCUCUCACUAGUUCUUCUACCCUUGUCUUUAUUCUAUUUCCCCUGGUUACUAUGAGAGAUCCCCAUACAAAGCAGCUGCACAAUCUGUUGGUCACAUCAGCCGGGGUCGUUACGGGGGACGGGUGGUGAUGUCUUUCCGUUCAGAUUCGGGGAUUCAUUUUCUAUAAGGAAAGACGCAUGGGCCCAGGGGAUGUUGUGGACGGGGAUAUAAAGUCCGAUAAUCUUUUGUUUCUCAGUUCGGCAAGGCAGCGCGAAUCGUCUCUGUUCUACUCUGUGCAUUUCGAAGCAAUACCGCAUACCGCGUUGGCCUAUUUUCCCAUCUCGUCUUCUUUUUUUUUCCUCCUCUGCUCAGGGGGUGUGACAAUGUGCUUCUGGUUGAC